AUGUGGCCUUGGAGACAGACAAUACAGUAUGGUAGAAUUUGUGAGCGCUUGUGCAGGAAAGGAGAUCAUCACAUCACGAAUGGAAUAACCGCCAUAAUUGAGUCCUCCAGAGUGUCAGAGGAACAGAUGAACCGAUUCUGCUCAAACGCUGUCUACAUGGAAGUCUGUAUUGUGAUCACUGAAUCAUCCUACAGGAGUUUGAGAUGUCCUCGCCUUCAGGAACUCCGACCAUGCCAACCAGGCUGCAGCGAUCUGGAGAAUGUAGACGAUAUCGACGCUAUUGUUAGGCAAUGCUCUGGACAACCGAUAAUCGCUACGAGACCGGGUCUAGAGCUGCGGCAAAGUUUGACAGAACUUCAGAUAAAUCGACUGUUCAGUGAAGCUGUUGAAGUGCGCAUGUGCCUCAAAGUGGAAAGCUCCGAUGUGAAGUCACUGAGUGCGGUCAUCGAAGGAAAUCCGCUGCUUUCGAAAUCUCAAAUCGACAUCAUUCAGAACGUCUGUCUUCACUGCAUGGUGGAAUACGAAGCACCAGCAUGUGGCAUUAGAAGUGGACAAAUCACCGCAAAAAUGCUCGUGAAUGCAUGUGCAGGAAAGAAGAUCAUCAAACCGAACUCUGCACCGUCAGUUAUCUACUCACUCCAGAAGUGA